GAAAGGAGUCUCAGAAGAGGAGUGGAAAGUGUCUCUGGAGAUUCCUGCCUCUUUCCUGGACCUCUGUUCUUCACUGUGCUGUUGAUCCUCCCAGCAGGAUGUCACAACUGAGCCUGUCCUGGCUGGCACUGGGGCCUGAGUGGGCCUCCCCAUGGCAGCUCCUGCUGCUCAUUGGUGCCCUCUGGCUCCUGGCCCGAAUUCUGACCCAGAUCUAUGCUGUGUAUGGGAGCUAUCGUCGCCUCUGUGGCUUCCCUCAGCCUCCCAAACAGAACUGGCUUCUGGGCCAUGUGGGCAUGAUAACUCCUACAGAGCAGGGCAUGAAGACAUUGACUCAGCUAGUAGCCACCUACCCUCAGGGCUUCAUGCUGUGGAUCGGCCCAAUGUUCCCCACUAUCACUCUGUGCCACACUGACAUCGUCCGAUCUGUCCUCAAUGCCUCAGCUGCAGUUGCCCUCAAGGAUGUGGUACUCUACAGCUUUCUGAAGCCUUGGCUUGGGGAUGGGCUCUUGGUGAGUGCUGGUGACAAGUGGAGCCGCCACCGUCGUAUGCUGACCCCUGCCUUUCAUUUCAACAUCCUGAAGCCCUAUGUGAAGAUUUUCAAUGAAAGCACCAACAUCAUGCAUGCCAAGUGGCAGCAUUUGAUCUCCAAAGGCAACACCCGUCUGGACAUGUUUGAGCACGUCAGCCUCAUGACUCUGGACAGUCUGCAGAAAUGUGUCUUCAGCUUUGACAGCCACUGUCAGGAGAAGCCCAGUGAGUAUAUUGCUGCCAUCUUGGAGCUCAGUGCUCUAGUGGCCAAAAGGCACCAGCAGCCUCUGAUGUAUGUGGACCUGCUGUACCGUCUCACCCGUGAUGGGAUGCGCUUCCAUAAGGCCUGCAACUUGGUGCAUGAAUUCACUGAUGCUGUCAUCCAGAAACGGCGCCACACCCUCCCCAGUCAGGGUUUGGAUGACUUCCUUAAGUCCAAGGCUGAGUCCAAGACUCUGGACUUCAUUGAUGUGCUGCUGCUGAUCAAGGAUGAAGAUGGAAAGCAGCUGUCAGAUGAGGACAUCAGAGCAGAGGCUGACACCUUCAUGUUUGAGGGCCAUGACACCACUGCCAGUGGACUCUCUUGGAUCCUGUAUAACCUAGCGAGGCACCCAGAAUACCAGGAGCGCUGCCGGCAGGAGGUGCAGGAGCUGCUGAGGGGCCGAGAACCUGAGGAGAUUGAAUGGGACGACUUGAACCAGCUGCCCUUCCUGACCAUGUGCAUCAAGGAGAGUCUGCGGCUGCAUCCUCCGGUCCCUGUCAUCUCUCGAUGCUGCACCCAGGACAUUGGGCUCCCAGAUGGCCGGAUCAUCCCUAAAGGUGUCACCUGUCUCAUCAGCAUCUUUGGGAUUCAUCACAACCCAUCUGUGUGGCCGGACCCUGAGGUCUAUAACCCCUUCCGCUUUGAUCCUGAAAACAUGAAAGACAGAUCACCGCUGGCAUUUAUUCCCUUCUCAGCAGGGUCCAGGAACUGCAUAGGACAGACUUUUGCCAUGAGCGAGAUGAAGGUGGCGCUGGCGCUCACACUGUUGCGCUUCCGCCUCCUGCCAGACGACAAAGAGCCGCGCAGGCAGCCGGAGCUGAUCCUGCGCGCGGAGGGCGGGCUGUGGCUGCGGGUGGAGCCACUGAGCACGGGCACACAGUGACCUGGGGCCACCCCACCCACCCAGCUACCUCCGUGGAUCCCAGAAUAAUCAGAGCUGUCACCCAUAUCUAAACCUUGCCAAAUGCCAGAAGGGGGAUGCUAUGUAUGGUUCCUGUGUAUGGAUUGAGGGAGGCCGGCUGGUACCCUUGACUUCCUCUAAUUAACAAGAAGUCUUUAGAGUGAAGGUGUAUUCUCCUCCAGGAAAGCCGAACUACUCUCUAGACAUAGAAAGCCAAGGGAAGGUAGGUCUGUGCAAGAGAGGGUCCAGGAUAAAGGGCAAGUCUGAGCUCUGUUUCUCACGGCAAAUCCUUUAUUUCAGCUCCAUUUCCACUACAUUAAUCUCCAUUCUAACCACUCGAUAGACCCGUCUUCACUCACCUAGGAAUUAUUUAAUUAUUUUUCUUAGAGGGGGAAAGGGAGGGGAGGAGGCACUAAAUUACUGUGCUUAGUAAACCUAAAGCCUGGAAUUUUUUUAAUUGUCUUUUUUUUUGUAUGUUAGGUUUUUGUUUGUUUGUUUGUUUGUUUGUUUUGUCAUGUCACCAUGAGCGGUCCCAAACUCAUGAUCUUAAAGUAAGCUCUGCCUCAGCCUUGCAAACUGGCAGUACAAAUCUAUGCGUCACCAUGUUAGGCUCUUCCGGGGUGUUAUGUAGUGAUGUCUUCAGGUUUUUCCCCAGUAUGAAAGAGAGCUAAGGGUUGAGGGGAUGGGUACUGGGGUGUUGAAAACCACUCCCUUAGCCCUAUGGACAAGGGCUGUAUCUGGAAAUGCCCCUCAUAAUGUGACUAACUUAAUGAUGAAGCCCUUGCUGAGCGUGUGGGGAGAUGUGUUCCAUCUCUUCAUUCCAAUGCCCCUGUAUUGAAAACAAAACAAUACAGAGAAACAAAUAAAAAGUGAGAUGCUGGCCAAGUCAUGGUGGGGCAUGCCUUUAAUCCCAGGCAGAGGCAGGUGGAUCACUGUGAGUUCGAGGCCAGCCCAGUCUACAGAGGGAGUUACACCACCACUGCACGGCGUAAAUACAACUUUUAAAUGUGAUACAGAUAGUCUCCUCGGGUGCAAAGGAGUCUGUUGAAGAGAUUCCAAUGGGCUUGGGAUUGCUGCAAAGGUGAGGAACCAUCAACAGUGAGCAGAGGACAAGGCUCAGUUGGUUUAUCUUGAGUUCCAUGACUGAAAUCUGUAAGGAGAGGAAGUUGCAGCUGUCUGGAUCCUGCUUAGGGUUUUCAACAGAACUGUAAUGUGAGAGUGACUUUAGGGGAUGUGGCCUUGAGCUGCCGAUUAGCGUGCUCUUCACUGUCCAUUUAGAGGGUAGGAGACCCUAGGGGACACAGACACAAACUGCUUUUCUUUUUUUGUUGUAGUCGUUGUUGGUUUUUGUCUGUGUGUUGUUGUUGUUUGAUUUUUUGAGACAGGGUUUCUCUGUGUAACAGCCCUCGUUCUGUAAGUCAGGCUAGUCUUGAACUCAGAGAUCUGCAUUCUUCUGCCUCUACCUCCUGAGAGCUGGAAUUAAAGGCAUGGUACCACCAUGCCCAGCAUCUCUGUGGUUUUUCAAAGAACCAACUAUGAUGGGCAACAGGUUGUCAUUGAGGGGAAGUCUUCAGGGUUAGAAACCCCAUCCUGACUACCUGGUGGGGUCUAACUUCUAACCUCAAAAAGAGAUGAAGAAAAGUAUAUUUUUCUCUUCUGAGAGUCAUAGCUCUGGUUUUUGCCUCUAGGCUUUUCACUUCAAAUACUUUGUUAUUGAAAUACACUCCCAUCAAAGAAGGAAGAUGCAGAACAGAAAUAUAUCACACAUGAAUCUAAUAUACUAGGUAAUCAUUAUUAAUAUUUUCUCAGACACAUCUUUAGUAUUUAUUUAUAACAGUAUCUUAAAUUAAUUUUUUGUUAUUGUAUCAUAUGGAUGUUUUGCCUGCAUGUAUGUCCGUACACCACAUCUCUGCAGUGUCCACAGAAGCCAGAAGUGAGUGUUAGGUGUACUGGAAUUGGGUAUGGGUACUGGGAAUUGAACCUGGGUCCUUGGAAGAGCAUCUAGUGUUCUUAACUGCUGAGCCGUC